GCGGCCAGCAGGCUCUCGGGGCUGAGACAUGCCGGCCGCCGCGCGCGUGGAGUAUGUCGCGCCCUGGUGGGUGGUGUGGCUGCACAGAGUCCCGCACUUGGGCCUGCGCCUGCAGUGGGUGAACAGCACCUUCAGCCCCCGCGAUGAGAACUACCAGGAGUCACUGCUGUUCCCGGGGCUGGUGGCCGCCGUCUGCCUGGGCCUGAACCUCGUCUUCCUUCUGGCCUACCUGGUCUGCGCGUGCUGCCGCAGACAGACCAAGCGGCACAAGUCCUGCUGUGUCAUCUGGUCAGCUGUGGUGGCCGGGCUCGUCUGCUGCGCUGCGGUGGGUGUUGGUUUCUAUGGAAACAGCGAGGCCAACGACGGAGUGUACCAACUCCUCUAUUCCUUGGACAACGCGAACCACACCUUCUCCGGGAUCGAUGCGCUGGUAUCCGGAACCACCCAGAAGAUGGAGAUGGACCUCGAACAGCACCUGGCCCGGCUCAGUGAGAUCUUCGCCGCCCGGGCCGAUUACCUCCAGGCGCUGAAGUUCCUGCAGCAGAUGGCCGGCAGCAUCAUUGCCCAGCUGUCAGGGGUGCCCGUGUGGACGGAGGUGACAGCCCAGCUGACCCAGCUGGCCGACCAGACUGGCUACGUGGAGUACUACAGGUGGCUUUCCUACCUCCUGCUCUUCGUCCUGGACCUGCUCAUCUGCCUCAUUGCCUGCCUGGGACUGGCCAAGCGCUCCAGGUGUCUCCUGGCCUUGAUGCUGUGCUGUGGGCUGCUGGCCCUGAUCCUCAGCUGGACGUCCCUGGCCGUGGACACGGCUGCAGCAGUGGGCACCAGUGACUUCUGUGCGGCUCCUGACAGCUUCAUCCUGAACAUCACGGAGGGUCAGCUCAGCACAGAGGUGACCCGUUACUACCUGCACUGCAGUCAGAGCGUAAGCAGCCCGUUCCAGCAGGCGCUGACCGUCUUCCAGCGCUCGCUGACCGCCAUGCAGACCCAGGUGGGGGACCUGCUGCAGUUUGCUGUGCCCGUCUUCCCCAUGGCAGAGAACGACCUGCUCAGCAUCCAGCUCCUGUUAAACUCCUCGGAGUCCAGCCUCCACCAGCUGACAGCCCUGUUGGAUUGCCGAGGGCUGCACAAGGACUACCUGGACGCCCUCGCUGGCGUCUGCUACGAUGGCAUCGAGGGCUUGCUCUACCUGGGCCUCUUCUCCCUGCUCGUGGUGCUGGCCUUCUCCUGCAUGAUCCGCGCAGGCCCGCUGGCCUGGGAGCACGUCACCGCCGGGGGCGCCCCCUGGGGCAGCAGGGACAGAGACUACGACGACAUCGAUGACGACGACCCCUUCAACCCCCAGGCCCGGCGCAUCGCCGCCCACUUCCCCUCUCGGGGACAGCUGCACAGUUACUGCAGCUACAGCAGCGGCCUGGGCAGCCAGACCAGCCUGCAGCCCCCGGCCCAGACCAUCUCCAAUGCCCCCGUCUCCGAGUACAUGAACCAGGCUGUGCUCUUCGGUGGGAACCCGCGCUACGAGAACACGCCGCUCAUCGGGAGAGGCUCCCCUCCGCCCACGUACUCGCCCAGCAUGAGGGCCACCUACCUGUCCGUGGCGGAUGAGCACCUGCGGUACUACGGCAAUGACCUUCCAGCCUAGCGCCCCCAGCGGUUCCUGCUCCCUCGGUCCACGUUGGUUUGGCAUUAAUUCACGUGAAAGCGGCGUUUCUUCAGUAGAAACCAAAGGCCUCUGGAAGCCGUUUGCCCGACGGCAGGACCAGGAGGCUCCUGUCCCCGCGGAGGACCCGCUGAGGGGCAGGCAGCAUCCGCCGGGGCUCGGCUGAGAUCCUGACCAAAGCCCAAGGCAGACGGAGGACCCACGACCUGGACCAGUCUCUCCCGCUCUGGCCUCAUCUCCACACCGGAAAUGGCCCCCAGCUGCCCGGCUGUCCCUUAGCUGGGAGCCCGGGUCAGCUCACUCCUGCACCCCACCGUCUACAGGGGGCAAUGGCAGUGAGGAGGGGCCGAACCAGGCCCCAGGGUCCGUUGCCAGGACUGUGCCUCCUGCAAGCACAGCCAGAAGUCCAGGUGACACUCCGAGUGGCCAGUCUCCUCCUGGCUGCACAGAAUGGUAGCAUUUUCCUGCAGGUAAAGGUGGAGGAGCUGAUCCGGGGAUGCUCAUAAGGAAGGUGAUGUCCCCAGUGAGACCAGGGACUGUCCGAAUCAGUCUCCCAGGCCUGAGGGCCUCUUCCUGGGCCACAGAGGGACGGUGCUGGUGGCUGCAGGGCCUGGGACCACAGCCUGGAGCCUCUGCAGACACCCCGCGGGAAUGUGGGUGGGAGCCCGCUCGUCCCUGCCUUUACCCAACGUCGCCCCUCCUCCACCCCAAACUCAAUGCUGUGAGCUUCUUCCCUGCCCAUAGGGACGGUCUCAGGUAUCAACAGAGCGACUUUAACUCUUUUUCCCCCCAGUAUUUUAGAUAUUUUGAUUAUCCAAAGAAUGGAGCCUCAUAACACAGCCAGCUUUUACAAUAGAUUUGGGGCUCCUUACCCCUGGUUUGUAUUCCGUUCCUUUUCACAUCUUCUGACCCGGUCAGGUCUUUAAGGAUCUGGGGGUGCAGGGGGGUUCUUUUUUUUUAAAACAAAAUAAAGAUCAGCGAGACAUCGUGUCCUAAGCUGCUGUUUGGUGGGAAGGUGGGUUCAUCCCACUUGGGGGGCACUAAGGGAGAAGGAAGGGCAAACAGCAUGGACAGCCCCAUCCAGGGGAAUGCCGGGGGCCCAGGCCAGCGGUCCCCUCCCCUGUCUUCAAGCAAGUUUCUCAGUAAAGAUUUUAGCAAAGACAACUGUGUCUUGAUACAAAGAUAAGCGUCUUGCCCACCACCCCGUUGUCCCAGGCCCCUGCACUGCCUGCUAGGGGAGGAGCUUGUUAACCAGGAGGAAAAUAAUGACCCAUCUUUCUGCCCACUGAGGAGCCAGGGUUAGGGUCUCUGGUGCUGCCAACAUCCUGCCAACUCGGAGUGCCCAGCAUUGAAGCCCCCACGGUUUCAACUGCCAAAGCAGGGACAUGGGGUGGCACGGCUUGGGACAAGGGCUCUCUUUCCACUUGGGAAUAGCCACCUUUUCAUCCAAACACUGACAGCGGAGUGGCUCUCGGCCCCCAGCCAACCCUGUGAUGGAAUGGGGCCACAGGGCAGCCGGGACUCGCCUGCACUAUUAACCCGUGUGAACCUGUACCAUAAGGACACCUGUGGGCGGCCACGUCAUGUGCAGAUACAAACUGUGACGUCAAGCUCUUGCUUCUUAAUGUCUCAUUGUUGGCGACUAGAGGGCUGUUCUUAAUGCAUGUAGACUAAACUAGAACCCUUGGGUGAUUCCUGCAGGAGCUAGGUGGCACGCCUUGCCUGGUACAUGUGCGCCCUCAUCUGGGGGACAAAUAAACCAC